UCAAUGCAGUUGUUCGGUGUUGACGUAGGAGAACUAUAUCCCCAAGAUACAAGAAAUCUGACUCUGCUGUAUCCGAAUUUGUAUUUGCACAAUCGAGUAGGGAGAUGCGAUAUGGAAAUUAUGGAUGCCAAAAAUAGGAAGAUGACGCGUAAAGUCGAAUUCGAUACUACUCUCAUAAAACUAGGUGGUCUCAUUCCUCGACUGUUACAAAAUUAUUACAAUCCUCGUGAAAUGAUUGAUUGCAAAAGUACAGAUGAAGAUCCUUUAAAUGCAUGCCAACCAUACCCUUGCCUUGUCAGGUAUGAUGGAACCAGAAAUAUGUACAAUCAUACCACUAAGCGAUGUGAACAGAUUCCGAAAUGCAUUCCAGAAACUGAAAAAGACCUUAUUGAUGAGGCAUACAUUAUUGAGACAAAUAGCUGCAAGACUCUCAUCAGGUCGAUGACAGAACAGGAAUUUACGCAAUUUGGUGAAGGAAAGCCAAGUAUUCGAGUUCUUUCCCGAGCUCACGGUUAUCCACUGAAUGUUCGUUGUCACAAUGGUCAUAGAUCAGAUACUAAUCGGUGGUGUGAAUGCAAGCCGGGCUGGGAUAGCGCCCCUUUUGAUCACAAGAACUUUAAUCCAGACCUCCAAGUGUAUCAUAUGUGCACCGUGUGGACGGGUGAGAUGACAGCCGAGCAAGCAAGAAACAUUACUUUUCGACAGAAACACGAACAUGGCAUAACACCUAUUUUGGUUUACAGCUUUUUGUUUUUUGGUGGUCUUGUAUCAUUCGUUAUUGUAGGGAUCAUCAUAUUUCGGUACCUGAAGAGGAGACGUCGUCCAGGUACAAGUGACGCUUUGGAUGAAAGCGAGACUGUUGGACUUCAAGAAACGAGUCCUGAGUCCGAAUCUGAACUCGAACCUUAAGUAAUUAGAUAACACAAAAGCUACAGCAAAAUGUACAUA